CCGAAGACAUGCAGCUAAUGAGGAACAGGCAUCUGGAAAUGGUCCAGGAGCUGGAGGAGAAUUUCCAGAUGGCUUCCCAACAGAACCAGGAGAAAACCGUACAGAAGAUUAGAAUGCACUACCAAAACAAACUCAAUACCUUAAAAAGAGUUCUGGACACCUACCAGGAAAGAGUGGAGGAGAAAAAUGUCUAUAUGGAAGAGAGACUGAAGACACUGAAAGACCAGAACCAGAAGCACAUAGAGGAGAAGAUCAACCUCCUGGACCAGAUCAAAGCAGAGGCUACCCAUUGGGACAGAGAGAAGAACAAGAUGCUAGAUCUGUUUUCCUCCAAGCUAGACCUCCUACACAGCCACCAGGCAUCCACCUUGCAGGAGCUGCAGAUCACUCGACUAGAACUAGGAAAGGUUCAGGAGAUGCUGAAGCCUGCUGAGGCUGAGGAACAGCCCCCUCUCGUGGAGAGCAGUGGUACAGGUCUAGACAACACUGCGGAAAAUCCGAUAAAAGUAAGGAAGAGCAGGGGUUGGCUGUUGUUGGAGGGAGGCCUUCUCUCUGAACCCGAGGGUUACUGGGUUGAAUCCUGGCUGUACCCCAUUUAUGUAACCUCAGGAGCUGAAAGAGCUGCACAGACUCAAGGGGGUGCUGGUGGCAAACUGCCUCUAGAGGGCGCCAAAGCCCGGCUAGAGGUCCUGAAGGAGAGCUUGUACAAACGAGAGCGGGAAAUCACGCAGCUUCUGCAGGGGGACACAGACAGCAGCGGGCUGGAGGGGGAACCAAACCAACCCCCCACAACACGGCUGGGGUGCUCAGCCCUGCUCAACGCUCUCGUACAUAAGGCGCACUGCGUCUAUGUGGAAGUAGCAGAGGCGAAGCUCCUGGUGGACUCCAUGGUCGAGGAGAACCAGCUGGCGCUGGAGCGAGCCAGGGAAUUCCUGGAGCGACCGCAGACGACCCCGCCGGAACACGGAAGCGCUGAAGAGGGAACCCCGACGGUCGAGCGCUGCAGGGGCGACGAGAACCAGGAGCACCAAGCCGAUCUUCAGACCUCCCAGAUGACACUGCAGAAAGUUGAAAUCAUUCAAACCGCUCUGGAGUGCAUCAGAAAGGGAACCAGACCUGGCCUGGACAGCGCCUGGGAAAUCUGCCACAGCUGUGCUGAGCCAGGACCAGAACCGGACCAGGACAACCUCCAAGGUCUCGAUGGGGCUGUAAGACACAGCGAGUAUUUCACUGCAGAGAGAGUGAAAUCUGUGGGUCAGCAGCUUCUGCAGGUACAGGCGGAGUUACAGCAGGUCAGAGACGAGAACAAGAGGAUCAUUGAAAACUACAACUCAGAGCGAAUCAUGAGGAAAAAAUACUACAACAUGGUGGAGGACAUGAAAGGCAAAAUCCGAGUGUUCUGUCGCAUACGGCCCAUGAGCAGAAUGGAGACCGCCGGCGGGAGCAAAGCGGCGGUCGACUGCGUGGACGAGUACUCCGUCGUCGUGGAAACCCCGCGGGGCUGGAAAGAGUUCCAGUUCGACAGAGUUUUCGGCACGGCCAGCUCGCAGGAAGAGGUCUUCCAGGACACAAGCAGGUUGAUCCAGUCAGCGAUGGAUGGAUUUAACGUCUGCAUCUUCGCGUACGGGCAGACGGGUUCGGGGAAGACCUUCACCAUGGUGGGCGACAAAGACCUACGGAGUCCUGGCAUCAUGCCCAGAACUUUCCGGAAGAUAUUCGAUCUCAUCCAAGAGAAUGCGGCCAAGUUUGAUUUCAAGGUCUCGGCCUACAUGCUGGAGCUUUACAACGACCGCCUGCUGGACCUCUUAGUCAGCCCCGCCGAGGCUUUCGGCAGGAAAAUCGAAAUCAAGAAGGACAAAAAGGGUCUGGUUUUCCCUCAGGGGGCGGAGACGACGGCGGUCGGCAGCGCCGAGGAGCUCUUCGCGCUGUUCCAGCAGGGCUGCGCCAACCGGCACAUCGCGGCCACGAAGAUGAAUGUGGAGAGCUCUCGCUCUCACCUGAUCAUCGGGAUCACUGUCGAGAGCACCAACCUGACCAAUGGGAGCGUGAGCUACGGGAAGCUGAGUCUGGUAGACCUGGCGGGGAGCGAGCGGGCAGCCAAGACAGGGGCCAAAGACGAUCAGCUGAAGGAAGCCAAUUCUAUCAACAAGUCCCUGAGCGCUCUGGGAGACGUGAUCUUCGCCCUGUCCUCGGAGCAGCCCCACGUCCCGUACCGGAACAACAAGCUGACGCAGGUCAUGCAGGACUCCCUGGGGGGAAACGCCAAGACGCUCAUGUUCGUCAACGUGUCCCCGUCCGACUGCAACGCCGAGGAGACUCUCACGUCCCUCACAUACGCAACACGGGUCAAGGCCAUAACCAACAGUGCCCAGAAGAACCUGGAGAGCAAAGAGAUUACUCACCUCAAAGAGAUAAUCCUGAAGUUGAAAUCAGGGCAGCCUUUGGAGGAGGAAGUGUGAUUUCCUAAUUCAACAGUCUGAUCAACGUUAUCAUUCUCCUAUACACGGAACAAAUGUUGAAUGUUGUUCAGAAGAGCUUUACUUUGUUAUUUGUUAUUUGGUUUGUUAAGUGCAUUAUGUCGCUAAACUGGUAUGGAUGUGACUGAAGAUGAGAAUUUAUCAGCUGAUAUUUU